AUGUCUUCCUCUUACAAUGACUCAUUCCGAAAAUUCUGUACCUCUUACAGCUACAGCUUCGUCUUCGAUCAAAAGCUCGAUAACCAAAACGCGUUUUGGGAGUUCUGCUUUGACCUUCUUAAAGAAUUUCCCGACGACAUCUUCACAGAUGCAGGUGAGGAGGAAGAGGAGGUAGUUCCUCAAUGGCUCCUUGACAUCAGAUCUCAGUGGUCAAAUAAAGUCGAGAAGAAGAUGGCUUGUCCUGCUAAGUGUACCUUGUGCUCCUGGGCAAGCGUCCACACGGUCGAAGAAGCACUCGCGUACGAAAAGGACCUAGAACUAUUUCGAGAGGAGCAAUUUUACGAAUCCGUGCUCAUUAGUGAGCGUCUAGCUAUGAUCUUACUCCAUGAUCGCACAGCAGACAGGCUAGCGACCAUGGACCCAGCGGAUCUAGCCGAGUACAGAAGAUACGAAUGGACGCUCUCCAUAGAAGCAAGAGACACAAAGGACAGGAUUCAGGAUUUCAACGACCGGAUCUUAGAACUAAAAUCCAAGAUCAAACCUAUCACCAACGCAUCAGAUCCUACCUAUUACUGUCUCCGCCGAGAGCUGAUGCUGAACAUCCACUUCCGAGCGGAGCUCGAAUACAAGACCCGUUCAUGGCUCCGAAGGGCAGGAGGACCCGGGCUCGUCCUCAUAAGUCCCGCGGGACAAGCACUACUGGACGACAUCCACGAGCUCUUGCGUCCGAUCAAAGACUCGCUGGAUACGCUCGAUAGUUGUAUCCGGGCCGCGUUCCACGAGAAUCAGGAUCCAGAUGACUGGCGCCCUAAUACUCGCGCCAAGUUCUUCCUGGGUGGCCACUCGCGGUGGAGCUGUCGGGGUGAGGAGAGAGGGACGUGUAGAAUUAUGGAGUUGCUGCAGCAAGAAUUCGAUGAGCAGGAUCGUUGGGAUAUGGAUUAUCCGUAG